GUUUCCGAAUGACUGUCAUUUGAGAACGUGACUUCGCAUAUAUUUAUAUCUGGUGUUUAUAUGCGAAGAUGAAGAAUGGGUUUGGAUAUUUUAUUUUAUGCUCCAAAUAUAAUUGGCUAUAUCCGGAUCAUCCUCGCAAGUUUGGCCUUUGUGUUAUACACCCAACCUCUCCACUUUGUCAUCUUGUAUGCCAUUUCAAUAAGUCUAGAUGCUGUUGAUGGAAUCGUAGCUCGGAGAUUAAACCAAACCUCAGCUUUUGGAGCUUGGUUUGAUGUUGUCAUUGAUCUGUAUGGCAGGGGACUUCUUUGGUGUAGGCUGUACUCAUGGGGCUAUUUAGAAGUUAUGUUCGAGUGGAUGACAUUCCUCAGUACACAUGUAAAAGGUCCGAACUGGAAACGGACGGAGAAAGACUUUCCUAAGAUUGUCGUCAUGGUUAUGGCCAAUGGUUUCAAGACACCGAUGGGUUUCCUUGCUGUCGGCAGUCUCCACAUACUCCCACUAUGGCUGUAUUGUUACGAGAUGAACUUCUUCACUCAGACGCUACUGAUGCCAGUCUGGAUGCAGCUGGCUGGAAUCGCUGUGCUUACAGUGGGAAGAGUUGUGUGUUUCAGUGUCGAGCUGUUUUACCUCAUCUUCUACCUGAAACAACUUUUGCACCAAGAUGACAAGUAACAAUGAUUUUGGAGCACCCAUGAUCAAUACUUAGACUUACAAUGUAUUAAUUAUUUUGUAUUCACAAGCACAUUGAGUGACUGCAUUUGGAUCAAGAACAUAUUUUUAUAUUUACAUUUUCAUUAAGUUUUUAUAAAUAUAAAGUAUGUUUUAAUAUUUUUAUAUUGUUAUUACUGGUUAAUAUUUAUUGGGGAGAUUUGUAUAUUUUUAUAGCUAGGAUCACUGUCUUUAUUGUCCGUGUACUAUUUUUUAAUCUUUCGUUUUUUCUAAAUGUAAUACUAUACUCAAACGCAAAAGUUAUUGUGACAUGGAUUGUUUGGUGUAAUAAAUUUGUGAAUGGAUUUAUGGAUGUAAACCAGAGAAAAUGUGCAUGAAACAGCUCAAAGAAAUGCAACCAAGCA